AUGCAAGGCCCUAUAUGAUGCAACUUCCACUUUGCAUAAGUGGGCGGAUCCCGAUAUCUUGUCCAAACAGCUAGUAACACCUUACGCGCCAAACAAACGGCCUCUUUUGACCUUUGUGUCCAGGGAAAGACAACAGGACAGCUAUACUCUUCAGCACUGCGUAGAAGAUCAGGUGUUUCGGAGAAAAGGACUGUGUGCGACCAUGGAUGUAUUCACAGCCGUUACAGCUCUAAGUGCAGUCGUUAUCGUAGUCUACUUCCUACUCUCUCAACUGACUACACAGUCGUCCUCGUGGCCCAAGACAAAGCAACCUUUGGCUUACAUUCGAAAGGUGAUACCGAAAAAAAAGAAGCUCCACAUGCCCCUAAACUCCCUUAACGACUUCAUACCGGUGGGGGAAGCUACAGUGGUCCAUGACGUGGUACAACUGUUUGUUCGUCGUGGGAAGGAAUUUUCUGUUUACAGUAUAGACUGGGAACAAGAAGUGGUGGUGCUGAUCCGACCCGUGGACGGUGUGGCUAUGAAGGCACAUCCUUUCUUUCGUGAGGCUCAGAGACGAAACGCAGCCGAGGUUCUCUGUGUUCCCUUGGAGCGGCUCCAGGACGUGGCGAGCGCUGUUGCUGACCAAGUUGCGCAUGUGCAGGAAGUCUUCAUCUUCAUGACAGCGCGAUGUGGUUCGACUCUGGUAACGCGACUUGUAGAGGCUACAUCGGUUGCACAGGCUGUAAACGAGCCUGAGGUGUUCUCUGUCAUCAACAUGGCUCUCCUCCGGCUCAAGCGGUCCUUUCAACAUGGGCAGACUCCACCCCAUCACAGCUGUCAUACGUCUCUGUCAAAUGAAGAGUCUACCAUUGGUCUUCUGAGGAACGUACUCACCUUGCUGAACUACAACCUCGUGACGUCAGAUCCACGUCAUCGUGACAUAAUUUUCUACAAGUUCAGGCCUGACGUCAUCCUCAUGGCUGACCUGAUGGCUCGCGCCUUCCCGUCUGCCAAGAAUGUUUUCAUGUACAGAAAUGGACUGGAAGUUACAGAAUCGAUAAGUCGAGCCUUCCUCAAUGAAAGAUAUUUACUUUACGUGGCUUAUUGGGUUACGGUACGCCUUGGUUUGGGGAAGCUUUUGGUUCCAUCAGUUAACCACUUGCAAUGUUUCGGAGAUGACCAGAAGUUCUCGCCGGUCCGCCAUCGUGGCUCGGGCUUCUUUGACCUGUGCACGACGUGGGUCGGUGUGAUGCAGUGCGCCGCCGAUCUUCAGAGGAAACAACCUGGGUAUUUCUUCCACGCUGUCAUCCACUACUCAGCUCUCGUCAACAACAAAGAGAAGACGUUCCGUCUACUCAUGAAGAAGCUCGGCUUGAAGUGGAGUCCACAGGACUCCGGAGAAGACAUGGAUAAGAUCAAGAGAGCUUUGGUUGAAGACAGCCAAGCAGGAACCAUUAUAUCUGCAAAAGGCAGGAGGCCCGGUGAGAAGUGGGAACCGGACGUUUCACCGCGCUGGGUGGGGCACUGGGAACGAGAGUACUUUCAAGAAGUCUGUCGCCAUGCUGGGAACGAGAUCUCCGGGCCUGACUUCCUCCUUCCUGACACCAUAGUGUGAACGAGCAGUGGUCGGAAUUUUUCCGUCUGCUUAGAGAACGCCUAGCUCGACCAUUCUCUAGAUAUAUAACCAUGUGUCAUCAAAUGUAGAACUAAAUAUCUAGCCAACAAUAAACUAUCAUAGAAUACACAUUUUUGAAAUCUCCAAGCAGAUGUACAUAGCAGUUGGGAUUGAGCAAGUAGGCUAUCCUUGUUUGUUUGCGUAUUUUGCUAUGUUCUCUUCUGUUUUUGGGGCCAGUGUAUUUUACUGAAUCUAUC